AUGCACACACUCUUUCUCACGCUCUCUUGCAGGUAUACAUCGCCUCCUCCUCUUUCUACCUGUCCCUCUUUCCCUUUCAAUUUUUAUCUAUUUCUACCUCCUUUCUUGCUCACUCUCUCUAUCCCUCGCCAUACAUUUCCUUGUUUAUCCUUAAUACGUUCUUCGUCAAAACAUUUUCACUCUUCUCUUGAAAACCGUCUUUCUUUUCAUCUUUCAACUAUCUCUCCCUCUCUCUCUCUCCCUCUCUCUCUCUCCCUCUCUCUCUCUCUUUCUAUCUCUCUCUCUCUCUUUCUAUCUAUCUAUCUAUCUCUCAAAGUUUACUCUUCUUCUUUCUCUCUCUUUUUCACUCACACGUUUUCUCUUUCUCGCUCUCUCUCUACCCCCAUCUCUCAAUCAUGGCAGUUUCCUCUGCUUUUUUUCUUCUCUUUGCCUAUGAACCUGUCUUCCUUCGAUAUUGCCAUUUUUCUAUCGUCUUUCUUUCCUCUUUUCAUCAAUUAUCUUCUUUUUUUUCUUUCCUUUCAAUAA